AUGAGCUUGGGAAUUAGAGUAUGCGAUGAUGCUAGGGCGUACCCCACAGGCGACGCGCAGAUGCAGCACCCGGCGUCUGUGGGAAAUGGACAAGGGUUGCUGCACCAGGGACGGGGGCAGCGUAAGAGGCGAGUCCAGGAGGUGAGCUUGAGGAUUGCCAGUUGGAAUGUGGGUAUAGUGUUAGAUAGAGAGCUCAAGAACAAGGUGAUGGAUGUGAAAAGAGUGAAUGAUAGAGUUAUUGUAGUAAAACUGUUGAUUGAAGACUCGGUUUUAAAUGUCGUUAGUGUGUAUGCGCCGCAAACGGGAUGCGAUGACAGUAUGAAAGAAAUAUUUUGGGAGGAUUUUGAUGCGGUAAUAAUGAAAGUACCAGAGUGUGAGGAAAUAUACAUUGGGGGGGGGGGGACUUUAAUGGACAUGUGGGAAGGAUGA